CCGCCUCCGCCUCCGCCUCCGCCUCCGCCUUCUGGAGAUCCAGGCUCGCCCGGCGCCCUUCCAGGCUGGUGCCUGGCGGAUCCGUAGCCGCUGGGCGGCGAUCCCAGGCGGCCUGGGACCUAGGCGGGAGCCUGGAGGUGUGGCCGUCAUGGAGGCGCUGCUGCUGGGCGCGGGGUUGCUGCUGGGCGCCUACGUGCUUGUCUACUACAACCUGGUGAAGGCCCCGCCGUGCGGCGGUAUCGGUAGCCUGCGGGGCCGCACGGCAGUGGUCACGGGCGCCAACAGCGGCAUCGGGAAGAUGACUGCGCUGGAGCUGGCGCGCCGCGGAGCGCGUGUGGUGCUGGCCUGCCGGAGCCGGGAGCGCGGUGAGGCGGCCGCUUUUGACCUCCGCCAGGAGAGUGGGAACAAUGAGGUCAUCUUCAUGGCCUUGGACUUGGCCAGUCUGGCCUCCGUGCGGGCCUUUGCCACUGCUUUCCUGAGCUCUGAGCCACGGCUGGACAUCCUCAUCCACAAUGCCGGGAUCAGUUCCUGUGGCCGAACGCGUGAGCCCUUUAACCUGCUGCUGCGAGUGAACCACAUCAGCCCCUUCCUGCUGACACAUCUGCUACUGCCCCGGCUGAAGACAUGCGCCCCCAGCCGCGUGGUGGUGGUAUCCUCAGCGGCCCACCGGCGAGGGCGCCUUGACUUCACAUGCCUAGACCGCCCAGUGCUGGGCUGGCGGCAGGAGUUGCGGGCAUAUGCCGACAGCAAGCUGGCCAACGUAUUGUUUGCCCGGGAGCUUGCCACUCAGCUUGAGGGCACUGGCGUCACCUGCUAUGCAGCCCACCCAGGGCCUGUGAACUCAGAGCUGUUCCUGCGCCACGUUCCCGGAUGGCUGUGCCCACUUUUGCGCCCACUGGCUUGGCUGCUGCUGCGAACACCAGGAGGGGGUGCCCAGACCCCUCUGUACUGUGCUCUACAGGAGGGCAUUGAGCCCCUCAGUGGGAGAUACUUUGCCAACUGCCAUGUAGAGGAGGUGCCUCCAGCCUCCAGAGACGACCGGACAGCUCACCGACUAUGGGAGGCCAGCAAAAGGCUGGCAGGGCUUGGGCCAGUGAAGGAUGCUGAAUCUGAUGAAGACCCCCAGCCCAAGGACCCCGGGGCCCCAUCUUUUCUGAGUAGCCCUCAUCUUGAGGAACCUACAGUUUCUGAACCCUACCCCAGCCCACAGAGCUCACCAGACUUGUCUAAGGUCACACACAGAAUUCCAGUUAAAGCUGAACCUGAGCCCUAAGCCUCCUAAUCCCCUGCUGGGAUGCUUUCUGUGGCCCUUGGUGGCCCUUGAAAAACCUUAGCUGUGUGCCAAGCCAUGGCCUGGCCAUUGAGGGGUUUGCAAUUUUUACAUCCAUGGUUACUUUCUGGGGCUUUAAGGUAUGUUCUGGACAGCCCUUUUUCUGAUGGAAGGACAUAAUGGAUGAUUAUUUCUUCCUGUGAAUGACAGUAAGCCCAGAUUGUGAAAUGCACUUGGGGGGAGGGGAAUUCCAAAAAAUCGCUUCUCAGGAAUUUGAAUUUCCUAUUUCCAGGCCCCACCCUCGGUGAUGCUGAUCAGCUCUGGAUGAGGGCCUGGGAAUUUGUAAUUUGAUGCACUGCCAACAUUAAGAAGUACGAAUUGUGCCCUUUGCGACCACGUAGCUAGGUAGUUAAAUUAUCCCCGUUAUACAAGACGGAAUUAGGCAGCAGAGGUAACAGCCCGGGCGGUCUGGCUCCAGGGCCGACUGCUGUAAGGUGGGUGCUGGGGAGGCAAGGAAGGACGUUUGUUAUCGAGGCGACCCGUGGGAGCAGGGGGAUGCCUUCCCAGGGUGCUUCAGGGCUGGGCCCCCAAGAGCCCGUCCCGCGUGUAAUAAAGCGUGUUGACU